GGUACCCCUAUAUAGGAAGUGUUAAUUGGCAUUUCCGGUUAAUUAGUUAAUCCUUCCGGUUAAUUAGUUAAUCCUUCCGGUGACUUCCGGUAAACAAUAGGGGAGUGUUAAUGAGUUAAUUGGGGUGUCCUUCCGGCGGAAGUUACGUAAUGAGGGUACAUCCCCUGGAGGAAGUUCUUUUGUUUACAUCAUUCAUUCAUUCAUGGAGAGGUGGAGGAUGGACGUGUGUAGGGUACGAGGGACAAGGACCAAAUGACCAAACAAUGGGCCACCCGGCAUGUAUGUUGAAUGUGUGUGUUACCGACCAAUGAGAAUGCGAGGAUUUUUUUAGAAAGGAAGUGACCCAAAGUUGGUACUUGUUUGUGAUUGGACGAGAGAAAAUGGUGAACCUAUGGGCAAGUAUCAUAUGACAUCUAACUGUCGUUGAGUCAACAUCGCUUUGUUUUUGUUGUAAUACUGGCCAGAUUCUAUAAUGUACCAUGAUUUCUACAUGUGAUUUAAUGCACAAGCUUCGGGCAUGUACAUGCCUGGAAGAAGUAUCGAGUUUUCGUGAGGAAUAUUAUGAAGACCUUGAACCAGAACAACAUGCUUUGGUAUUUGCAAGGUCAUCCUACUUUUUGAGUUUGCAGGACUUGGAAGAUGGGAUUACCGAUGAUGAUUUAGUGGAUGUGUUCGUCGAGAACCAACAGCCCCCUCUCCCCCUAGCAACGCAGCACCAGCAAGGUCUUCCACAUGACGCAGCUACUCCAUGGCAACCAAAUUUUGAUGACGGCAUUUCCGAUGACCAUUUAAUGGAGAUGGACAUCAAUACAAAUAAGCCAUGUGACGCAACAUCAGUACCUGGCCCCUCUAACCGCCAACCAGCAGCAACAGCAGUGGCUGGACCCUCCCGCCAUCCAGCAUCAGCAGUGGCCGGACCCUCCCGACAACCACCAGCAGUGGCUGGACCUUCCCGUCAACCAAGAGCAGUGGCCGGACCCUCCCGACAACCACCAUCAGUAGCCGGACCCUCCCACAGUCAACCAAGAGCAGCAGCAGUAGCCGGACCCUCGUCUUUUCAUGUUGGGGGAUCUAAGAAACGUGUUGUAGAUGCACCGCCUGCAAGAGAACCCAAUCUCCCUACUCAUCACGUGACCAAAGUGAGUCAAAAACAUGUACGCAAAUACAAUGCUAAUGUAACUGAUUACACCGUUUCUUUCCAACCCAUAGAAAAUAACGGUCCCAUGAUAGAAAUGAUGCCACGCGUAAAUGAGAUGUUUGAAAAUAUCAUUGAAGAGAUGGUUGAGGGGGUAAAUGAUAGAGAUUUUGUUAGGAUUGUUUUCAAUUCCCCACAAUUAGAUAGACCCGUUAGUAUGCCAAUUUGUAAGGAGGGAUCAAAUGAAUCACGAAGCAUUUGCAACCAAACUUGA